AUGCAGUCCGGCAACGUGGGAGUGGUCAACACCACGUCUGCCCCUAUCCAGGCCUUUUCUAAAAACCGAGCCAGCGCCCGCGUUGCGUACAUGAAGACGGCGCUGUCGACCCACAAUCACAGGCAAUACAUUGAACUUGACGAUUUUCAUGCGCCCACGAGCCCCGUUCAAAGGCGCAAUCGCCACGCCGUCCGCAAGAAGCGUCUCUACAAUUUUUACUUUCCGGACACUUUCUGGACUCGAUCAUUCGCUGUCGUCGGGAUAGUUGAGACACUUUUCACGGUGGGAAUCGAGAGCUGGAUCAUCUUCAGCAUUUCCAAGGAAUUCUCUAAUGACAAAACGAGCGACGGGAUAUUGCGGCUUCGAUCCUUCCUCGGCCUCUACAUAUUCGCCCUUUUCUACGAACUUGCCCUCUCCUACGAUGCAUUACGACGCAAGAACACAUUCCAGCUGACCGGGCUUUGCAUUUGCAACUUCGGGCUCUUUCUCUACGGAGGAAUUCAAAUGAAGGAAAUUCAUGAGACCAUCAGCAACUUGUCAGGGACCGCGAGAUCGGGAAGUCGGCUAUGGCGAACCUAUCUCAUUGAAUUGAUUCUAGUUCCGGUAUUUCUGGGUGUUUGCACGGUCAUCAUGGCUUUUGUGACGUGGAAAUUGCGUGCUGAAUUUUCUUGGACUAUUUACAAGAGUAUCAACGCCGACCUGCAGAUGAGUCGUCGAUAUUUUACAUACCAGGUAUUCAUCGCACUACUCAAAUUCGACUUCUUCUUCGUCUUCGGCACACAACUACAGAUCUUACUGGCAAUGAACGACUUCACAGCCAACGAAUUCAUCAUCCAAGCUGCAAUGAUUCCUCUCGCCAUUCUAAGCUUGACAUUGGGAGCACGCUUCUGUCGACUAGAGAAGCGAAAGUCCCUCAUUUGCAUUAUGUUCCUCAUUCUCGUCGUCAUAGCCAGCUUCGUCAAUACCUUAUUCCAAAUAUAUGGGCCGUCAAACCAGGCCGGCUUGAAAAGUUUCAAGUUCUCUUUGACACUGUUUUCUAUUCUAGCAAUAUUGCUUCUCACUGUGACGUUAGUAAACGCAAUCUUGUGUAUCGUCAAUUUUAAGAAGGGACUGAAGGAGCAUAUUGAUAUCUCGCGAAGGAAGAAACCCGCCGCACAUGCGGAGGACUCCUGGGCUGGCGAUAAUAAAUCACGCUUUGUGCUCAAUUAG